AUGUCAUGUCACCAAACAUCUCGAGCACAGGAUGAUCCGUACGCGUUCACCGAAUCGGCACCACUUCAGGCGAACUCGUUGCUGUAUGCAAACCAUUCAAGCACAGUCGGUAGUAAUGUUGGAACGACUGCCGCGAGCACGGGAAUUUCGGUGGUUACAACAGCGGCCGCCAAAUCUGGCGUUAGUUUACUCGCUUCGUCCGCAGUUGGGGGCAAUUUCGCGACUGCAAACAGCCAAGCAGCACGAGCUCCCACGUCGGUUACAGUUGGGACAAUCAUAUCGUCUAAGCCGGUGGUAACCGGAUCACCGGCACAUCCGCAAAUCUCCCCAUCGGCGUUGAAGGUUCGUUAUAAUGGUGUGGUAACGCCUUUACAAAUUCAAAAGGCUCCACUAGCCGUAGCUACCACACCGGUAUUCACAAAGCCACUGCAAAUCAGGCAGCAAACCCCGCAGCCACAGCCAACGGUCACUGUGGGGAAACUGAUCAAGAAAGUGUUGCCGCAAAAAUCUCCCCUACUGACGACGGUUGUCGCCGGGGACCUAAAAGGAUUUUCACAACUGCAGCAACGGCCGCUGAACCAAACGUCGCCACAACAAACGUCGAUCAUUUCCCCCGGUGGCUCGAUAUUGACUACUGUUACGACACCGAACGGCACGGCGUUAAAGUUUAUCAAAAUUCCUCAGAAUCAGCUCGGAAAAGCAACAAUAACAGGCAUUCCGCCGGGAAAUUUCAUACAAGUCAGCACCGGUAAUGGCACGAAGAAACUACUUACCACCAGUAAUAUUGGCACGAUUGGUACAAAAUCUGCUAUAUCGGUGACUGCUACCGCAACGACCCCGCCAACCAUUAUAAAGCGCAAUGCUGCCACCGUUGUAUCGACUCAGUUGCCUAGCGUUUCGCCGACCAAAAUUCGUCUCAUACAACCGAAUUCUCAGGGUAAAAUUUAUCUUCAAGCAGCGAACGGCAACAACUUGGCCAGCACAACUCACAUCUCGAGUCCGAUCAGUAUAGCGGCUUUGCGAAAUUCGCUUGUUCGGCAGCAGCAGCUGCAGCAACUGAACAAUGCCAAAAUUCAACAGCCGUCACAGCCGCAACAACCGCAGUCGAUUCAGCAACAACCGCAUGUGCAACAGCAGGUGUUGAAGCAGAUAAAACAAACUUCACCACUACCUAUACCACCGCAGCUAAAAUUACAACAGGUCGCAACUCAGUCGCUUAUCCAAUUGCCACAGCAAACACAAAAGUUUGUUCAGAAUUCUCAGCAACCGCAGCCGAGCCCAGUACUGCAAUUACCACAACAGACACCGAAACUAGUAAAACCGGUACCGGUACUUCAGUUCCAGCAGAAGGUUCAAACGUCAUUGGCGCCACCCCACACGCCACAACAGCAGCAAUCGUUACUGUCUAAAUCGGACAAUAAUAUAAACGCCUCACAAAAUGUGUUGGUACAGAGAAAGGUGCAGAGUCAAUCGCAGCAGCAUUCGUCUAUACUGCAGCAGCUACCGAAGGUUCUUCAACAGGCACAGGUGGCGCAAAGCACUGCACCGCAAAGUUUGCUGCAACCGCAACCUUUCUUACAAACCACUAUACAGCAACAGUCGGCACCGUCCCCUUCUCAGCAACAAUCGUUGCAACUUCAACAAAUAAAGCAACAACUGCCGCAGCAACUGUUGCAGCAGCAACCGCAACAGCAAUUGCAACCCAAGCAGCAGCAACCCAAGCAGCAGCCCAAGCCGCAGCCAAAACAGUUGCCAAAGCAACAGCUUAAACAGCAGUCCCCGCAGCAACCCCAGCAGCAGCAACAGCACAAGCUGCGGCCAAAUCUGUUUAAUAAGACUAACGUGGAGCCCGCGAUCGCACCAAAGGUGCUGUCCACGGACACGAAAGCAAUGGAAGAAAACUCUCAGCCAGCAAUGCCCAUUGCCAAAGUCGCACCGUUGAACGUUAAUGUAAAGAGUCGCUCAAACGGUGCACGAAAGGCAGGAUCCGCCAAUAAGAAUGCUCCUGCUGGAAAGCAGCAGAAAGGCAAACGAACGUACAGUCAGCGUUCCACGGAAAAACACCAUUCUGGCGAGCAACUAACAGCAAAAUCUGGUCCUGCUACUCCUGCGUCUGCAGCAAAUUCGUCCGCAAUGUUGGAUGUUGAGAAGGUGCCAGAGGAAAAGUUCUCGCCUCUCCCACCGACAAGCGAAAGUGUGAGUAAAGUUGUCAGCAGUACCAAUGGGGCCGAAGAAUCACCGGCCCCAAAGCAACCGAAACUAAAGCUCGGUCCGAGCUCACGGGCGACUGGUGCGAUUGCUGUACCGAUGGUACAGAAAACGGUGCGCGAAUGGCACGCACCCGGUGCGUAUAUGUUUGAUCUGAAUGAUCCGGAUGAUGAAUCAGAUGACGAUGAGGAUGCAUGCGAUUUGUUGCCAAAUACGCUCUCCUUCUGGUACGAGGAAUCGAUCGCCGUCAGCGUACCGGAAAGGAGCUCGGCUUGGGCUUUCAAUCCGCCACACUCGCGAGCCGGUCCGUCGCACGGCGGCAGUGUACGGAUGGGUAAGGACAAACCGGAUGAUUCAAAGUUUGAAAUCCGUAUGCUGACGCGGGACGAGCGGCUGGAGCUUAAGAAAGCUUACCUGCAGCGUCGUGCGGUCCAGUGUCGCAAUGGACUGCGUAUGCGAAACGUUUCGGCCGCCAAACGGAGACUUGAGUCGAUGACGAAGAUGAUGGAAAAAUUGGAAGCCCGUCGACUAAAGGCACUGAACGAAGAAAGCGAGAAACCGAAAUGCCUCUCGCGGGGCUGCAACGAGGCAGCGCUUGUGAUGACGACACAUUGCUACAACCACAUUACGGAGAAUACUGAGCAGCGCCUCUUUCAACGGUGCACCGCAAAGUUCUCCGACAACCGUCAGUGCCGCGUGCCGGUGUUCGACAUAAGUCACGAGUUGGUGCUGUGCAAGGAGCACGCCUGGAAGCACGACAAUCACGACAAGAUGACGCAGGAGGUGAAGCAGAAGAAGCCAGCCCGCAAGAAGCCUAAACCUAUAGACCCGCCCGUGGCGCGAACACAGAAGCGACCGAAAAAGAAGAAGAAGUUGAUACCUCUACAGCAGCAAAUGAUUUUGGAUCAGCACCAGUUCAAACAAUUGCUGGGCAACACCACGCCACAGCAUCAUCUUGUGCAGUCGGGCCAAAUGAAUCAGUUGCCUGUGUCCCCAGAGCAGCAACAGAGUCGGAAGGUCGUCCAGCAACAAAGUUUGCUAAUCGGUGCACCCCGGUCGAAUGUUCCGGGUGUCACCCUCGGGCACAUUGAUAGACUACCGGUUCAACCACAGCAACACACGGAACCACAGGCAAUACCAGCAUCGCCUUACCAGCACCAGCAGUAUGUUGGCAAUGAUACGGCAAUGUCCAGCAGUGGAACGAUGCCCGUCACGAAUGGUCACAUUCUAAAUCCACUUAGUGGCGGAAGCCACCUGAUCGGGGAGAGCACCCUGGUAGAUGCGGUGUUCCCAUCGGAACAAAGUGAUUCGACGGUGCCACUUGUUGGCCAGCUACAUCAACAUAGACCGAUCCAUGUUCAGCACCAGCGCCAGGUACAGCAACCGCAACAGCAGCACCAUGACCUGGGGCAGCUGCAGCACCACCAGGUGAACGAGGAGCAACUGCUGCUCGACUAUAUCCAGCAACAGCAGCACCAACAAUUGCAUCAUCAUCAGCCGCAGCUUCAACAGCACUACGGCACUGUUGCGACAGCGCAUCCGGUGCAACCCAUGCUGAAUGCUCCGGUCACGCAGGAUUUGUUGACGAUAUGCGAGAACAGCUCUGCAUACGCCAGUUCUGAAGAUACCGGUGUUGGUGGCCUGUCGGAAUCGGAGUUGAUGGCAACGCCAGACGUGAUUGAGGAAAUUAUACCAUUCGACAUCACCAGCCAGCUCUAUUCGAACGUGCUCAGUCAGCUGCCGGCGGAUGAGCUGAAUGAGCUGCUGUUCUCCGGGGGCGGCACUCAAGACGUUCACGAUCAGGGCACGGGUUUCGAUAAAAAUACGUGCGAGGUUGAGGAAGAAAUUGCGUUGGCGCUGGAGGAAGCGAAAUCACUCGACGACAUGACGGUAGAGUCCGGGAACUUUUUGGGUGACUUCCUCGAAAAUGUCGACGAUGAAAUCCUGGACGGUUCGGACAUCUGCAGCGACCAGAUACUACACUCACCUAACAACGGCAGCGAUAUCCGAGGGCUCGUGCAUACGUAAGUAUGUGGUGUGUGUGUGUGGCAUACGUCGCUCAGUGGGGUGUUGACCGUAGAAAACGAUUCGUAGUGACACGCAUGUUCCUCACCACCACCACAGAAUCGCUCAGUUGGGGGGCUCGUUGUACCGGUUUCUUGAUGAAGACAGCUGAAACCAGUGUCACGGUGGGAGGCACGAUCACAAAAAUUACGAUGGAAGCCUUGUUUCGGCUGACGCUCCAUUGAUUGUGGAGCCACGGGGAGAGCGAGAGCAACGGUUUGGAAAAUGAUUUCGUUUGUGCGAUCACAAAGACCACUUCCGAUCCGAUUCGCGGACGCGGAUCGCCGUAGCAG